UUAUGCUUCGCUGAAUCUGCAUACUUCAGUAGUAGCUUCCAAAGAGUUACCUACAUUCUACAAAAUGUGGUCCCAAGUCGCCGCUGUAGUUUUGCUGGUCGUAAGCGUUCACGCGCAUUCUCAUGCCGUGUCGCACCAGUCCCGUGUAGACCACCUCGGUCACCACGGCAUCGCCCACCACGGCAUCGCCCAUCACGGCAUCGCCCACCAUGGCAUUGCCCACCACGGCGUUGCCCACCAUGGCAUUGCCCACCACGGCUUGGGUCACAUCGGCCACCACGGAGUUGGACACAUCGUCCACCACGACCUCGGCCACCACGGCCACCACGGUCUGGGCCACAUCGGCCACCACGCCCACCACAUCGGGCACGCCGUCCACCUCGGAUAUGCUCACGGACAUGGCCACCAUGACCACCACGCGCACCCUGAGUACUCGUUCUCGUACUCCGUGAAGGACCCGCACACCGGCGACCACAAGCAGCAGCACGAGUCCCGCCACGGAGACUCCGUGAAGGGCGAGUACUCCCUCGUGGAGCCUGACGGCAACGUGCGCAGCGUUCAUUACAAUGCUAAUGACCACACCGGUUUCAACGCCGUGGUCCACCAUAAGACGCAUCAUGUUCAUCCCCACCAUAUCCACCAUCAUGGACACCAUUAAACUUGGAUCUGCUACGAACAUUUCGAACUCGACUGAAACCAAAAAUGCCUGUAAAAUAUUUAUAUUAUCAUUCAAAUCGCCAGCGCUGACGAAUAAAAUAAGUACAAGAA